AUUUUUUCCACUUUGAUUUCAUGGAAUUUUAAUUUUAAUUGGAUGAAACGAACAUUAUUUUAUAUAAUUAUAAUUAUUUAUAAUUUCCAUUCUCUUCUGCACUUCGUUGUGUUCCUCUCCUCUAGGAUUCUUCAUUGAGAGACCACAAACUUACCCUUUUAAGAUCCAAAAAUGCUAAAUUCUCCUUAAUUUUUCUCAAUCAAAUUAGGGUUUUGUUUAUCUUUCUUGGGCACUCUUUAUGAACCACAUUUACCCACCAACUGGUUCCACAAUUUCGCUAUCUGUUUCUUCCCCAGUUGCAAAGGGCUCCAAGAUUCGUUUCGUUUCAAAGUGUUUUUUUUUUUUGUCGCGGCAGAUCAGAGCUCGGAUUGGCUGUGGUUGCGUGAUUCCAGCUUGUUGGGUUGCGGGGAAUUUCAAGUUUGUUCUGAUUUGUUGACUUUUCCGGUUAGAUUGCUGAUCAGUGGUGCUCAGAGUGUCCGCUAUUUGGUUUCCCGUAGAAGAUUGUUGAAAUUCCGUGAUUUUCUGAUAAAGUUUUGAUUUUUGGGGCACGAUUUUUUAUUUGGUGACUCUGCAUGAGCAAGCAUUGAUGGGUCUUCUGCACAGACGAAGGGGAUCCCGAAAUUGAGGGCUUUAAACCAUUUUUUUUUGAAGUUUGAAUCACACAACCGGGUCUGCAACGACUGUAUCCCUUGGAGAAGUACCACAGUUAGCAAAUUGUGGACUAAUUUUGGGCGUGUGUGCGAGUAAAUUUGGGGUAAAAUGUUUAGCCCUGGUGCAGGUGGUGGGCGUGAUGAUAGUGGAGCUUCGAGACCCGUUUUGAUUCCAAUGCGGUUUGUGUGGGCUUAUGGGGGAAGAAGCGUCUAUCUUAGUGGCACAUUCACUAGGUGGUCUGAUCAUAUACAUAUGUCUCCAAUGGAGGGUUGUCCAACUGUGUUUCAAGUAAUUUGCAACUUGGCACCAGGAUAUCACCAGUUCAAGUUUAUUGUGGAUGGAGAAUGGCGGCAUGAUGAGCUACAGCCCUUUGUGAGCGGAACCAAUGGGAUAGUAAAUACUGUUUUUUUAGCUAGAGAAUCAGAUAUGAUCCCUACAAUUGUUCCUCAGGCUCCAGGCAUCUCUAACAUGGAGCUCGAUGAUGCCUUCUUACGUCCUGAUACAAUUCCAAGGAUAUCAGAUGCUGAUUUAAAAGUUUCUCGUCAGCGGAUAUCUGUGUUCUUAUCAGGACAGACGGCAUAUGAGCUAAUGCCUGAGUCGGGCAAGGUUAUGACCUUGGAUAUUAAUCUACCGGUGAAGCAAGCAUUCCAUCUCCUUUAUGAACAGGCAAUCCCUGUGGCUCCUCUGUUGGACCUCUGCAAAUGUCAAUUUGUUGGAGUUCUAAGUGCACUGGACUUCAUCCUGAUCCUAAGAGAGCUAGGAAAUCGCGGAUCUAGUUUGACAGAAGAAGAAUUAGAAACGCAUUCAAUAGCGGCAUGGAAGGAGGGCAAAGUACAACUUAAUAGACAAAUAGAUGACAGAGAAAGAGCAGUUUCUUCUCAUCUCAUCUCUGCUGGGCCUUAUGAUUCACUGAAAGAUGUUGCUCUCAAGAUUCUGCAAAAGAAUGUCUCAACAGUUCCCAUCAUCCAUUCUACUGGACAAGAAGGUUCUUUUCCGGAGCUACUGCAUCUUGCAUGCCUUUCUGGAAUACUGAAGUGUAUAUGUAGACAUUUUAGACAUAGCUAUAGUUCCUUGCCUAUUCUUCAGCAACCAAUUUGUUCAAUUCCUUUGGGCUCCUGGGUUCCAAAAAUUGGUGAAUCUUCUGGACGGCCAUUCGCAAUGUUGGGACCAAAUGCUUCUCUUGGUGCUGCCCUGUCUUUGUUACUGCAAGCUGAUGUCAGUUCAAUACCAAUAGUGGACGACAAUGACUCGUUGCUGGAUAUUUAUUCUCGAAGUGAUAUUACUGCUUUGGCAAAGGAUAAAGCCUAUGCUCAGAUUCAUCUUGAUGAAGUUACUAUUCAGCAGGUCUUGCAACUGGGACAAGAUUCGAAUUCACCUUAUGGCUUCUUCAACGGGCAGCAGAGAUGUCAGAUGUGUUUGAGUUCUGAUCCUCUGCAAAAAGUUAUGGAGCGGUUGGCAAACCCUGGGGUUAGAAGACUUGUUAUUGUUGAGGCCGGCAGCAAGCGUGUGCAAGGGAUCAUCUCGUUGGGCGAUGUAUUCAGGUUCUUGCUUGCUAGCUGAGAUGCUGGUCAACAACUGCAGAAGGGGGGGGGGGGGUGUCCAAUGGUGGCUGGGAGGAAGAGCCUAAUGUAUUUGAGUGGGGCCAAUUGCCCCUGCAGAGAUUUUACAAGACUUAAGAUUGAUUUCAAAACAAAAACCCAAAAACCCAAACUGUAAAAGGAAGCAAAGUAGUAAAAAAAAGAUAUUGGAUUUUCUCAAA